AUGUCACUGGACUCAAGAGCACGAGAGGUGUUUGCAACAGCUGUGAGGGCUGUGCAACCAGACACUGUGGUUCGCCAUAGUAUAGUGCGCAAAGAAGAUGUAAUUACUAUUGAUGGACACAAACUCACUCUGAAAAACAAUCUACACUUAGUGGGGUUUGGAAAAGCUGUGCUGGGAAUGACUGCAGAGGUGGAGAGGAUUUUGUCAGAUCAUUUAGUUAAAGGAAUAGUAAGUGUCCCUCAUGGCAUUCAAGAGAGUCUACGGCAACAUGGGAAAAACCAUCUCUUGCUAAAAGAAAACAGUUGCAUUGAAGUUCUUGAAGGAGCUAAACACAACUUGCCUGAUGAUGAUGCUCAAAAAGCAGCUGAAAAGAUCAAACAGCUGGCCUCAGGACUAACAGAGGAGGAUUUGCUUCUCGUACUUAUAUCUGGUGGUGGUUCAGCCCUGUUGCCUUCACCCAUCCCACCAAUUUCCUUACAAGAGAAACUAGAUGUCACACGAAGACUUGCUGCUGCUGGUGCAACUAUACAAGAACUUAAUACUGUGCGACGAGCUUUCUCUCUUUUAAAAGGAGGAGGACUUGCUCAUUUUGCUCACCCAGCUCAGGUGGUGGCUCUUAUAUUAUCAGAUGUAAUUGGUGAUCCGCUAGAUUUGAUAGCCAGUGGACCAACGGUGCAGUACACCACCACUUAA